AUGAGGAAUUUUGUUGAGAAAUUGGUGCUCUCUUUACUAUGGAUCUCCCUGUUCCAAGGGUGCAUGGUCCAGUCUGUGGAAUAUGAUCAUACAGCUAGUAUUGAGUGCCUGCGUGAUCCGAUGAAGCCCCUCUACAAGGGCGGCAUCAUCCAGAACAGCGAGUUCAACAACGGCCUCAUGGGGUGGUCGACCUACCGGAACAACAAGGCCGGCGUCGGCAAGUCGGCGUCUGGCAACAGGUUCGCCGUGGUGCAAGGCGCGAUCAGCUCCCUGUUCGGCGCCGGCGACGCAGCCGCCUCGCAGUCCCACAGCGUCUACCAGAAAGUCCAGAUGCAGGGCGACACCCACUACUCGCUCUCAGCAUGGUUGCAAGUGUCGGCCGGGACGGCCCAUGUGAGGGCGGUGGUCAAGACCCCCAACGGCGAGAACAUCACCGCCGGCGGCAUCGACGCCCAGUCCGGCUGCUGGACCAUGCUCAAGGGCGGCAUGACCGCGCAUGCCUAUCACUCCGGACAAGGAGAGGUCUUCUUCGAGAGCGACACCCCCGUGGACAUCUGGGUGGACAGCGUCUCCCUGCAGCCCUUCUCCUUUGAUGAAUGGGAUGCCCACGCCCGCCGGUCUGCCGACAAGGCCCGCCGGAGCACGGUUAAGGUCGUCGCGAGGGGCCCCGACGGGCAGCCAAUGCCGAACACGAACGUCAGCAUCCAGCUCCUCCGCACAGGGUUCCCGUUCGGCAACACGUUGACCAAGGAGAUCCUCAGCAACCCGGCCUACGAGAAGUGGUUCUUCUCGCGCUUCACGGUGGCCACCAUGGAGAACGAGAUGAAGUGGUACAGCACGGAGUGGAACCAGAACCAAGAGGACUACAAAAUCCCGGACGACAUGCUCAAGAUGGCUCAGAAGUACGGCGUCAAGGUGCGCGGGCACAACGUGUUCUGGGACGACCAGAACUCGCAGAUCAAGUGGGUGCGGCCGAUGGGCGUCGACCAGCUCAAGGCGGCGGUGCAGAAGCGGCUCAAGUCGGUGGUGUCGCGCUACGCCGGGAAGGUGAUCCACUGGGACGUGCUCAACGAGAACCUGCACUUCAACUUCUUCGAGACCAAGCUGGGCCCCAACGCGUCGCCCAUGAUCUACCAGCAGGUGGGCCAGAUCGACCACAACGCCAUCCUCUUCAUGAACGAGUUCAACACGCUGGAGCAGCCCAUGGACCCCAACGGCACGCCCACCAAGUACAUCGCCAAGAUGAAGCUCAUCCAGGGCUACCCCGGCAACGGCGGCCUCAAGCUCGGCGUCGGCCUCGAGAGCCACUUCUCCACGCCCAACAUCCCCUACGUCAGGGGCGCCCUCGACACGCUCGCGCAGCUCAAGCUGCCCAUGUGGAUGACCGAGGUCGACGUCGUCAAGGGCCCUAACCAGGUCAAGUACCUGGAGCAGGUGCUCAGGGAAGGCUACGGGCACCCCGGGGUGCAGGGCAUCGUCAUGUGGGCCGCAUGGCACGCCAACGGAUGCUACGUCAUGUGCCUCACCGACAACACCUUCAAGAACCUCCCCGUCGGUGCCCUCGUAGACAAGCUCAUUGCCGAGUGGAAGACGCACGCGACGUCUGCCACCACCGACGCCAAUGGGCUCGUCGAGCUCGACCUCGCCCACGGCGACUACAAGUUGACGGUGAACCACCCUUCUUCGCUAGCCGCGUCGCACACCAUCACGGUGGAUGCAGCGUCAUCCGAGCACACCGUCAGUUUGAAGGUGUAG